CAGUGUCAAAAAUAUCACGAGGGUGUGGGAUGUAGGUACACGCGCGACUUUUGACUUUAAUAUAAUUCGAUGAAUAUUAUAUUUUAAAAUUAUUAAAAAAUAAAUAAAACAAAUUAAAUUAUACUUUUAUUGAAGAUAUAUUUAUUCAAAUAGCUGUGACAGGGAAUUGUGUUUUCGAACAUACAAUCAAUUAUAACCUUGGUCAGUGUCAUCAUAGAUUGUGUAAUAAAUAAAAUUACAAGUGAUUUUUUGUUCCUCCGCAAAAAAAUACUAAAGGUUCUACCAUGGUUGUACAAUGUUAUUAUAUUACUGAUGCUUAGUCAUCGUGUGGGUUUUUUAAGGAGGUACACCAUGCUAUAAAACCUAAAAAUGUUCAACAGAAGUUUAAUAAACUAUAAAUUCCCUUAUAAAAUAUUAUAUCUCACAAAAUAUGAUCAUAAUUUAAAGAGACAAUUGAAAACUGUGGCAAAAUGUCCAUUAACUUCAUACCAAAGACUAGAUUAUAGAGUACAUUCCACACAGAGUGAUUCCCAUAGACAAAAAGUGGUUAUAGAGACAACUGUUCCUAAAAUUCUUGUAGAUAAAAAGAAAUUUAAUUUAUGGGAGUCUGUUGAACCAUAUAUAAAACUUGCAAGAUGGGAUAAACCUAUUGGUGUGUACCUCCUGUACUGGCCGUGCACAUGGUCGAUAGCCCUGGGCUCGCUGGCGGGCACGGCGCCGCUGCACACGACCAUACACACCGCGGUGCUGUUCCUGGCGGGCGCGGGGCUCAUGCGCGGCGCGGGGUGCACCAUCAACGAUCUCUGGGACAGGGAUAUCGACGCGCAGGUGGAGCGCACAAAAGACCGGCCGCUGGUGUCGGGCGCCGUGACCCCGCGGCGGGCCGUAUGCUUCCUCGCCGCGCAGCUCACGCUCGCUCUGGGGGUGCUGCUGCAGCUCAACUGUUACAGUGUUGUGUUGGGAGCGAGUAGUGUGUUCCUAGUCGUGACGUAUCCCCUAGCGAAACGCUUCACAAACUACCCGCAACUAUUCCUAGGGGCCACCUUCAAUUGGGGCGCCCUUCUCGGGUACUCCGCCUUGCAGGGCACGCUGGACCCCGCAGUGUGUCUACCGCUUUACGCUGCUGCGUUGGCUUGGACCGUUAUAUAUGAUACUAUAUAUGCACAUCAAGACAAAUUAGACGACGCACGUAUAGGAAUGAAGUCCACCGCGCUAACAUUCGGCGCUCACACCAAGCCGGUGUUGAGUGUGUGUCUGUUUGGUUCCGUGUCCGCUUUGACUGCGACCGGAGUGGCAGCGGACAUGGGUCCCGCUUAUUAUGUAGCUUUAGCACUGUAUGGAGGACACGUGGGGAGACAGAUUUACACGUUGGACGUGGACAACCCCAAUGACUGCGCCAAUAAAUUUAAGUCCAAUUCUCUGGUCGGGCUCAUCAUAUUGCUGGGUAUAUUAGGGGGCGGGUACUCGCAGUACACGGAGAAUAGAAAACGACAUAUGGGAAAAGAAAAUUUAGACGUCAUUAAAAGCUGUGUGUUUAGCUAACACAUCGAUAUAGCAUAUGAGAAAAAUUCUUGGUGAUUCAAAUUUAUACAAAGUUAUCGAAAUCCUAACUGAUAUUAUAAAUGUGAAAGUAUGUUUGUUACCUCUUCACGCUCUAUCUACUCAACCGAUCUUCUUGAAAUUUUGAUGUACAUGUAGUUUGAAGUGUGGAGAAGGAUAUAGGACAUUUCAUCCUGGAAAUUGAGCUGUUCCCGUGAGAAAUUAACGCAGGCGAAGCCGCGGGUAAAAGCUAGUACGCUGUAACUUGCCGUGGAUUCCGAUUUACGACCUAUGGGUAAAAUUAACAUUAUGUUAUUUCCAGUAGUUAAUAUAGUAGCCGUAUAAUUAUACCAACUUUUGAACUAUGCUGCAUUGACACCAAGCGAUAGGCAUUCUAUCUCGAAAAUGGAACCUCAGAAACACUAUCCACCGAAAGCACGUUUCACGUUUAAAGUUGAUGUUCUUACCUAACCGAAUUGUGUCAAGCAGAAUGAAUUUAUUAUGAUGGCUUUUGGGCAUAAAAGAAAGAACAGGAGUUCGGUUUAAGUAGAUUUAUUUUGGAACACAACGUAACACACCGUAAUCAUGGAGUAAACAAGAGAGAGAGAGAGAGAGAGAUAUUUAUUGACUUGACAUAUAUAUGACAGACGUUGACAGUGACAGCUGGACUAAUUAUGUGUUUAUACAUUCCAACAGAUUAUUAUAAUUCGAACUUAGAUUUUGAAAAACCAAAAUAUAUUUUGUGCUUUCGGUGAACUGUAGGCACCCCAUCUAUCUCCACUCUGGCUGGCUCGGAUUAUGUCCAGCAAAUUCAACUUCAACAUUAUUUAUCAAAUUUAGGAUGAUAAUAACUUAUUGGCGUCAAAAACUAAAUCUAUCGCAGACUUCCAAAGCGCAGGUGACGCGUCGUAACAAACUUCACCGCAGCCUUUUCUCCAAACACGUCAAUUGACAAUUGUGGGUCCUAUAAGCUAGGUCAUACGGCCAGAAGCUUUAGCUCGCUUGGUGUAAAUCAUCCUUAAAUUAGAAUGACGAGUGUACAAAAAAUAAGUGAGAAUUUAAAUUUGUGUGUAAAAUUAGUUAUUAUUUUAGUAUAUGGAAAUGUGGAGUCUUGAGUUUUGUUUUACUUUAAAAUAAUUGAUUUAUCUUUUACAUCAUGUACAGUUGACAAAAAUUACCCGAAGACAUUGUAGUUUUGUAUAAGUUUCUCUGUGUUUCUCGCUACUAUAAUCAAAACAUUUGAUUGAGAAACACCUCAUCGAUUAUUACAUAGUUGAUGAGAAACUUAAAAUUAUCUAAAUAUAUAUAAAUAUAUAUUUUUUUAUUAAUUUCUCCAUAAUGUUACUGAAAAAAAAAAGAUUUGAGAGCACAUUUGAGAAAAAAAAUAUUGCGUUGAUAUUUUAUGUUUGUGUGUUCCUUUAGUUAGUGACUUUGUGUUAUCCUGGAUAACGAUAAUAAUCAAUGUUUUUAACAACGUAUUAAACCGUUUGUUAUUUUGUCUAUGAUAAGUUACGAUUUUCGUAAACAUUGUAGAUAUUUACAUUUACAUUUUAAAUCGAGAUAUAUCGAUGUAAAACUAUUUUUUUUCUAUUGAUUUUCUGCAAUAUUUUAUUUUAAUUUCUAAAUUAUAGGUUUUUUUUUGUUGCGUGUGAAACCUGCCCAAAUAAUUAAAUUCUUAAUUAAUCAGUUAAUCAUUGCUUUUAACCACUGAGCUAUCGAGACAUGCCAGUUCGGCUGAAUCAAUGCAUCUCUUUACGUCUUACACUGUCACUGUCCCGGAUAGACAGGGGCGCGGGUUCAAUUCCCGCUCGAUUCCAGAUUUUUUUAAUAUCAUUAUUAUUUACAAAAAUAAGUAAAAAAACAUGUGUGACAUGUAUAACAAACCCAUUUAAAUCAAUCACUUGUUUAAAUUUAUGGUCAGUUAUUUAAGAGUUAGUUCAAGUGAUGGCUGUGUUAAUAAUGAUAUUGACAAUUGUCCUACUUACAAUAAAUCAAGUUUGUUUAUAAGUUGUUUAGAUUUCUAUGAAAUACGAACCCCUCGACCGCACGGGCGUUUAAAAUAUCCUUAUUGGCGCAUUUUUAGCCCUUUUGACAUAAAUGACAUACUGUCCACAACACAGCACUCAAAAUCGAUGACAAAUAUAAAAAAACGUUCUGUGAAUGGGUAAGACUGUCCAUAAAGACCACAAAAUAAAUGUAGGCACUGUGGCCUCUUGGCUGGCAACAUGUUUAUCAAACUUGACCAUUCGAUUUGGUAUUGCAAUGGCAAAAAAUAAUAAUUAAAUACCCGUUUUCAACUAUUUAUAGACUGUAUGUAUACAUCGUAUGUUUUGUUCCAAGGUUUUUUUAACGCGCGUAUAAAAUGCGCUCGUGCGAACAGGGGUUUAUAUGUGGGCCAUGGGUAGUUCGCAGAGCGUUUGACCGCUGCAGUCGCACUGUCAUUACAAUUUUUCAAAUUUUAACAAAGACAAGAAUGAGUUUUUGACUUUACAUCAAUUACUCUGUACUGUAGUAAUGUCAAUUUUAUGAAUGAUUGAUUUUGGAAAUGACUCCUUAAGAAAAUUGACGGAUUGUAAAGACCGCGCGGCCGCAGCGGUCGAAACGCUCUGCGAACCACCCUCAUAAGUUCAAUAAAGGGUGUUACAUGAUGGCUAAUGGUGCAUGUGAAUAUGGAAUAUGAUUUUCUUUAGUUUUUAUUUGUUUGGUCCUAAUUUAUGAUGUUAAAUAAUUGUUAACAUAAUGUACAGUAUGUAUGGAACAAUAAAAAUAUUCUUGGAAUAUUUUAAAACAUU